CAAGGACUUCGUAGACCUUCACCUCUGCAGGGUCACAACUGAAGCACGACAGGUUAUAUUCUACCCUCUAAGUCAAAAUGGAGGACUUUGAAUACAGUGUGGACAUCUCUGAUCGUGACUGGAAAUGCUUUUUUGCUGAGUGCAAAGAGUGUAGCAUACUUCCUCCUUCAUUAGGUGUGGACGACUCAGGGAUGAGUGACAUUGAUGAUACAGGGUCCAUUCUUGCUAAGAGAGUUCAGAAAGUCGACAUAACAGCAAGCUUUUCAGAGGCUGACCGCCCCAUCGAUGGCCCACCAGACUGUGAGGGCUCUCCUGUGGAGCACUACCUCAGUAACCACACCAUCGGUGGAAUGGAGAGCGUGCUCUCGGGAAGUGAGGAGGACAUACACCUGCAGUCUGUCAAUAUAUUCUUUGAAAGGCUGAAAAGUCUUACAGAGGCAGAAAGGCUUAUAGAGCCAAACCAAGAGCAAGAUGGAAAAAAACAGGAGGCAAUACAGGAGGAGGAGCGGAGUAGUGACGGGCAACAAGCCAGCAGCAGAUUUUUGCCAAAACACAUCCUCCAGUUAAGUUCUCUUCCUGCCAGCGGUGAAACAGCAGUUGGCAAAGAGACCACAAGUCCUGUCAACACCAUUGGCAAAAUAAACACAAUGAAAAAAGACGUGCCUGGUCCAAACCUUUCCCCUAAACCUGCAGCCAGUAUCGUAGUGCUCAAGACUAAUAACUCAGCUUACCCCAAAACAGGUUCCUUCAUCAGAGAGGAAGCCUGCACAGAAACCAUAAUCACCGAAGCAACACGGCUGAAUCAGUCUCAAGACACACUGGAGGGGGUUUUAUGCUCAGAAACAACACCUCACGCUGACAAAGUGAUAAAGGCGGAAAUGUGCACACUUCUGGAUGAUGUGAAGCAGGACGAUUUGUUGAUGAAGUUUGAUACAGAAAGCUUCUUCUCCCCUCUCAUCACCAAAGACAAGCUGGUUCCUAUAUUUUCCUACUCUCACUCAGCUACUAGAGAUCUGCAGUUCCCAGAGGCCUAUGAACACUUCUUUGCAUCUUCUUCUUCUGAUGAUUCUUCUGGGGAAUCUGAUGGAGAAGAUAGCUGCAGUCCUGUGAGGGUGGUGAGCAGAUUCAGCCUUCUGCUGGCAAAUGUAAGUGCUCUGACAGCCAUCAGAUACCUGCGUAAAUACGUCAAGAUGGAGGCUGCAACAAGUGAGAAGAAAUUGAAGUACACAGCCCCGUCUGAUUCUUGA